UAGGAGAGGCAGCUGGUUCCAGCUACCGCAGAAAGCAAGAGGCAAGAAGAUCAGCUGCUGGUUGAUGCUGUGAAGAGGAAGAUCCACAGGACAGAAUAAUCCAGAACAGGACAAAGAAAGACUGGGGAAAUAAGAAAUUAGUCUUUGUUGUCUUCCUGUUAAUAGUGAGAUUACUGCAAAGAGAGAAAAGGUUGAGGACAUUAAUUCAACAAGGAGCAACAUCUUUACUGAGACAAAAAUAGCAACAGUCCUCCUUGUUUUCUUUUUUCCUGUCAUCCCCAACUCCUCAGUCCUUUUUCAGCCUUCAUCUGAGAGCCCACCAUGGACCGCUCAACACAGGAGCUGUUCCUCAACUUCAUGGUCGUCUUAAUCACAGUGAUGCUGAUGUGGCUGCUGGUGAAAACGUACCAAGACUGAACCAUGGAGUGACGAAGAAGGAGAUGGAUGGAACUUAGUGCAGUUUUUAUAGGACUUUGUUGCUGAUUAAUUCUUUUUCAAACACACCGUUUACAUCUUUCCAUUCUUUUAGUAAAUGGCCAUGAAUCGCUCUUAUACUCAAGCAAAGAAAGGUCAUCAAAACUAUGUUUUUUCCUAACUAGAUGAGGAGAUGCCAUGUAAUAUUUGCAGUUCCUAUUCAAAUAUGUUUUGAUGGUGGCUUAAAUUUUGGAAAGUCAGAGGUGAGUGUAGAAGAUGAUUUUAAGAAGUUAACAUGGGUUUGAGACCUGUAUUUUCCAGUGCAAUAAGAGAAUGUAUCCAUAUCAGUCAUUUAUACAGUAACCCAUGUCCCUGUGUCAUUUAUGUGCCAUUAAACUUUGCUGUUAUGUCUCUUGAUAUACUUUAAGUAAUGUUUCAGAUUCAUUAAAUGUAAAGAACACAUCAACACAAGCUUUGCAUCUUUGUUUAUGUUCACUUCAGCCAUUAAACACUCAUCCAUG